AUGCCACGAUACCCGCCUCACGAUAACGCCGUCUUCCCGCCGUCAUUGCGCGGAAAGCGCAUCUUGCUCUGCACAGAGUCCUUCGGCCCCGUCAACGGCGUCAGCAGGACAACCCUGAUGCUCGUUGAGCACCUGCGCUCCCAGGGCGCACUCGUCGCCGUUGUCGCGCCGCACAACCACACCAAGCACAACACAUUCUCACCAACAGCAACAACAGCAGACACUCAGCUUGAGGUCCGCCUCCAGGGCUACCCGCUGCCCUUCAACCCCGAGCUCUCCGUCGUCUACCCCGUCCGCGUCUCCGCCCUCUUCUCGCGGACCUUCGGCUCAGACACCCCGCCCGACCUGAUAUACCUGGCCUCGCCCGCAUCGCUGGGCUUCCAGGUGAUGCUACAGCUCCAGCAACAGCCGAGGGAGAAGCGCGUGCCCGUCAUCUGCAACUUUCAGACCGACCUGGCCGGCUACUGCGCCAUUCUCUUCCCUCACCCCUUCAGCACGUUUGCCGUCUUCGCCUUCUCUAUGGUGCAGUCCUUCCUGUUCAGGCACGAGUCCAUCAAGACCGUCUUCUACCCUUCGCGCUUCGUGCAGAGGUAUCUCGAGGCGCAGGGGGUGCAGGCCUCCAAGAUGGAGCUCCUGCAGCGCGGCGUCAACACGGAGCUCUUCCGGCCGGAGAUGCGGAGCGAGGCCCUGCGCAGGGAGAUUGCGCCCAAUGGGGAGAUCAUUCUCAUCUGCGUAUCCAGAGUGGCCGGCGAAAAGGGGUUCGGCUUCCUGGCCAAGACCGUCAAGGAGCUGGACGCCCGCGGUCUGGCGUUCAAGCUGUAUGUUGUUGGCGGCAACCGCAACCCCGACGUCGAGCGCGAGGUCCACAAGAUGUUCGACCCGCUGCGGGAGCAGGGCAAGGUCAUCUUCGCCGGGUUCAAGACCGGCGACGACCUCGCCACCGCAUAUGCCUCCGGAGACAUCUUCCUCCACUGCUCCGUCACCGAGACCUUUGGCCUCGUCGUCCUUGAGUCCAUGGCAUCGGGCGUGCCCGUGGUGGCCAGAGAUGAGGGCGGUCCGAGUGACAUCAUCCAACACGGCCGCUGCGGAUACCUCGUGCCUCCCGACGACCUCGACGGCUUCGUCGAGAAGGUCAUGCACCUCGCCAAGGACAGGGACUGCCGUCAGGCCAUGGCGGCAGAGGCGCGGGAGAUGGCCUGCCAGGCGUCCUGGGCCAAGAUCAACAACCAGGUGGCCUGGCGGAUGGCGGACACGAUCCAGGAGCGGGAGCGGGAGCGGGCUCAACUUGUCCACCAGCGUUCGGCGUCCAACGCCAUCAGCCAGCUGAUUCCGAUGUACAGCUGGCUGCUCAUGAACAGCGCCCUCCGAGACGUCCUCGUGGGAAGGAUAGUGGACGCCAAGCUGGCCGGCGGCUUCUCCGUCGUCAUGAUUUGCUGGUGCCUCACGGGCAUCUACCUUGCCUUCACCGAGGCGAUGCUGUGGUUCAAGAGCAAACUGCCGCAAGUCUCGGCGCAAUCAACGUCAUGA